AUGCGAAGCAAUGACCCGUAUGUUUCAUUCACCGCAGCUGUUAAGCAGGGCACCCUUUGGCGUAUCAAUGAAUUGCUGGAUAAUGGUAGAGUUGACGUCAAUCUCAGCCACCCUGCGAUGGGUAACGGAAAGACUGCAUUGCAUGUGGCAUCUGAAAAUCACCAGUCAGGGGUUGCGCUGCUGCUGUUGGAUCGAGGAGCCGAUAUUACUGCCAUGGACGACUCGGGAAAUACGGCGUUGCAUUUAUGUACACCUGCAAUUGCUCGGCUCUUAUUACGCCGAGGCGCUUUUAUAGAAGAAAAGAAUGACGAUGGAUUGACGCCGUUGUUAUUGGCCUGUAAACAGUGGAAUGUGCACAUGUACAAUUUCUUUCUUGAUGAAGGUGCGGAUGUGAACAUGAAGGACAACGAGGGCAAUGCACCAUUGCACUAUGCAUGCAGCGGAAAUCGUACUGACGGUGCACAGAUAUUCUUAAAUCGAGGUGCGGAUAUGAAUGCAACCAAUAGAACAAAUCUGACACCACUGCAUCAUGCAUGUCAACAUGGUUGUUCAACUGUCGUAAGCCUCCUGUUGGAUAGAGGUGUGGAUGUGGAAGCAAAGACGAUAAACAAAAUGACAGCAUUGGAUCUUGCAUGUCACAAUAAUCAUUUUCAAGUCGUCUGGCUGUUGAUAUCUCGAUUUCCAUGGCUUGUUCUUGGUCGACCGAGCCCUGCUGCUGCCGAAACACAGAAGAAGAAGAAGCAACGGCUUUGCUGA